GCCUUAUCACCAACAUCACCACCCAGUAUCACCAAGCACAUCGCCGCAAGUCACAGCCAAAUCGCAACCACAAUGGCGGCCCCUCAGCAACCCGAUAUCAAUUCGAUAUUGCAGCUUCUAAAUGCCACUCAGCGUCCUGCUUCUUCGACCCCUACCCAGAGCCAACCUGGCCUCCCAGCUCCGGCCCAGCCUCCUAUGCCGCCGGCUGCCUACGCCCAUCCUCCCCAGCAACCUCCCGCCUACCCUCCUCAACAGCCGCCAUACCAGCAGGCUCCCGGAUACUACCCUCCGCCCGCCGCGAGCGGAGGCAUCGACCUGAGCGCGGUGCGCCCCGUGAACUCUGGCACCGUUGACAUCCAGGAUGCCGUAGCCAAGGCCAGGGCUAUGGCCGCUGAGAACGGUCUCGUCCCCUACGAACAAUCCUCUAGACCCUACCCUCCUCACGACUCGCGCCCCCACGAUUCCCGGGCUCCCGACAACCGCCCCUACCAGCGCGCCCGCUCCAGGAGCCCCCGCGGCCGCGAAUCCUACCGCGACAACGUCAACCCUUACCGCGACGAGAGAAGAGGCGGCGAUCACGGCCACCACGGUGGUCAGUCGCGUGACUAUGGACGUGAACGCUCCUUCUCUCCUGGCCGCGGACGCCAAGGCUUUUCGCCCCGUGGAGGCCAUGGUGGUGGUCGCGAUCGCUCACCGCUUAGGGGCAAGGAGGGAGACACCGAGACCAUUCAGAUUGAAUCUAGCCUGGUUGGCCUCAUCAUCGGCCGUCAGGGCGAGAACCUUCGUCGCGUCGAAGGCGAGAGUCGCUGCAGGGUUCAGUUCGUGCCCCCGUCGAGCCCCACCGAACAGUACCGUCCGUGCAAGAUUACCGGUCCCCGUGCGCAGCGUGAGGAGGCCAAAGAGAUGAUCAACCGCAUCAUUCGCGACAGUGGAAUGAGGGGAAGCGCCCCGGCUGACAGGCCUGCGCCCCGCGACUCCGGCCGUGGUGGCUCUGCCGCCCCGCCUCCUCUCAAAGAGGGUGAGGACAGUCUUCAGAUUAUGGUCCCUGACAGGACUGUCGGUCUUAUCAUUGGUCGCGGUGGAGAGACCAUUCGCGACUUGCAGGAGCGCAGCGGCUGCCACAUCAACAUCGUCGGAGAGAACAAGAGCGUCAACGGUCUUCGUCCAGUGAACCUUAUUGGUACCCCCGCCGCAGCCAAGACUGCUAAGGAGUUGAUUCUGGAAAUUGUCGACAGCGAUAGCCGCAACGCUAGCAACCCUGGUGGCAACCGUCCUCCCCGUGGCGACAACAUGGGUGGUGGCGGCGGUGGUGGAUACGACAAGCAGAACGAUUCCAUCUUCGUCCCUUCUGAGGCCGUUGGUAUGAUCAUUGGCAAGGGCGGUGAGACAAUCCGCGAGAUGCAGAACACCACGGGCUGCAAGAUCAACGUUUCCCAGUCGUCUGGUGCUGGUGAGACUGAGCGUGAAAUUGGCUUGGUCGGCACCCGCGAAGCUAUUAACCGUGCUAAGCGUGCCAUCGAAGACAAGGUCGACGCGGCUAAGCAAAAGAGCUCGGGCGGUGCCCCUCCUCGUCGCGGCCAGCAUCGCGAUUAUGAUAACCCCAACUAUGGUCAGCCUUCUAACAACAACAGUGUUCCCCAGCAAAGCUUGCCCGCAGGUAACGCCGCGGCUCCUGCUGGAGCCGGUGCGCAAGGUGAUCCCUAUGCCAUGUACGGUGGUUAUGACAACUAUGUUGCUUUGUGGUGGCAGUCCCAGCUUGCCGCUGCUCAAGGUCAAGGUGCUGCCGGCCAGGCCCCUGGCACGUCGUAAACUUCGCCAUGUUGAUGCCGGACUUAUGAUGCGCAUGCCAUGCCAUGAUUCUCGCCCAUGUCUCUCUUGGCACGUUUUGACAUUGCCGCUACUGCUGCUUGCUGCUGCUUGUCUCGUUGACCAUGCUGCACGUUGAUGUCUCGAUCAUGACGACCAUCAUAUUUCAUGCUAUAGGGCAUGGACAAGUGAGAGCGCUUACCAUUUUUUUU